GACAAGACACAUAGGGUGUCCCAGUUAUCCACUGCGCCUGGCCCUAUCUCCAGCCAUCUCGAUUUUUGCCCUGCCACUAGAUACAGAUGGGGACUGGGAAGAGAGAGCGAGGCUGACGUCACGCAACUGUUCCUCACUCAAAUUCACACGCAAGCCUCGACACCUCCUAUACAUUCCAAGCUGUUCGACUGGAUGGGCGGCAGCUUCAUCCACACAUAGCAGCUUCAAUUGCCGGUUAUGAAGAAAGACUUCAGCUGCUCAUUUCACCAUUACAGUUCUGACGGUGUCUUAAUGCUACCUGUCAUGUUUCUGCUUUACUGCAUUCACACAUAGUAAUUACUUUAAUUCCAAGAAAACUUUUUGUGCGUUUACAUUCUGACUGGAAGGCUAAGAUUUUACAGUGAAACGGAGAUACUCAAAUAUCGUAAAGUACAAAGAAUGGAACUGGACAGCUUCGCUCCUAAUAAUGGUUUGGAGGGGGAUGUAAACGUUAAGUUCCUACUGACUGGAGGAUCCUUGGUAAAGGUUCGUUCCAACAACUGGAAGAAAAAUCGGUUUUUCAAGCUGCAAGAAGACUUCAGGACUGUAUUUCAAGAAACACAUAAGAUCAUUGGCCGCAAAAAUACUUUCUCUAUUGAUGACAUUGACACUGUAAGGCAAGGGAGACACUCAGAGGGGUUGGAGAAGUACACAGACGAGAACAUGGAGGACCGCUGCUUCUCUGUUAUCUUCAAGAAUCGUCGCAAGAACUUGGACCUCAUUGCAAGUUCCAGGGAAGAGGCAGCGUACUGGACCACUGGCCUGGAGAAGGUUGUCAGGGCCAUGCAUAACCUCAGCCGACAGGAAAGCAGCGAGCACUGGAUUUUCAACUGUAUGCGCAAAGCAGACAAGAACCAUGACAACAAGAUGACUUUGAAGGAAAUGAAAAACUUCUUGCGGACGAUCAACAUUGAGGUGAAUGACAACUAUGCAGAGAUGCUGUUCAAGAAAUGUGAUACAUCCAAAUCUGGAACACUGGAAGGAUCUGAAAUUAUGCAUUUUUAUAGCCUUCUUACCAAUCGGGAGGAAAUCAAUGUAAUUUACUCAAAGUAUGCCUGCACAGGUGGCCAGAUGAGUGCAGAGGACCUGCUCAAGUUCCUGGUGUAUGAGCAGAGGGAGAGGUCCUCAAUGAGCGAUGCACUAAGGCUAAUUGAGAAGUGCGAACCAGAUGAGACAGCUAAGGAAAACGGGCAUAUGACAAAAGAUGGCUUCCUGAUGUACCUGCAACAGGCUGAGGGUAUGAUAUUCAACAUGGCCCACAAGGACUUGUAUCAAGACAUGAGUCAACCACUCAACCAUUACUUCAUCUCCUCCUCCCACAACACUUAUUUAAUGGAAGAUCAACUGAAGGGGCCCAGUAGCACCGAGGCCUACAUCCGAGCACUGAUGAAGAGCUGCCGCUGUGUAGAACUUGACUGCUGGGAUGGUGAAAAUGGGGAGCCUGUGAUAUAUCAUGGCUACACGCUCACAUCUAAAGUGCUCUUUAAGGAUGUCAUCAAAGCCAUCAAGGAAUAUGCUUUCAAAACCUCCCAGUACCCUGUCAUCCUCUCCCUGGAGAACCAUUGCAGCCUUGAGCAGCAGAAACUUAUGGCUCACUACCUGAGAUCUAUUCUGGGCAGUGCCCUGGUCACAGAGCCAUUGGGGGAUAAGAUGCCAACCCACUUUCCUUCUCCUCAAGAUCUGAAAGGUCGUUUUCUGGUGAAGGGGAAGCGCAUGAACAAGCUGGACUCAUUCUUCAGCUCCAGCAGUGCCUUGGAAGAAGACAGUGUUUCUGAAGAGGAUGAGGCUGCAAAUGUAAAGAUGCCUGGAGAGAAGCCCAAAUCCAAGUCAUCUAAGAUGAAGCUUGCCAGAGAGCUCUCUGACAUAGUCAUCUACUGUAAAAGUGUCCACUUCGUUAGUUUUGAGCACACGAGAGACACUCAAGCUUUCUAUGAGCUUUCAUCGUUCAAAGAGAGCAAAGCUCUGAACUUGGCCAAAACAUCAGCAACCGCAUUCAUUUGCCACAAUGCGGAGAAGCUCAGCAGAACCUACCCUGCAGGCUCCAGGACAGACUCCUCAAAUUACAACCCCGUGCCGCUGUGGAAUGCUGGUUGUCAGAUAGUGGCUCUGAACUUCCAGACACCCUGCAAAGAGAUGGACCUGAAUCAAGGCCAGUUCCUUCCCAAUGGACUCAGCGGAUACAUCCUAAAGCCCAAGUUUCUCCGGAAUCGGGCAACAGAGUUUGACCCUAACAGACUGACUCGUGGACCAUGGAUGCAGAAGAAAAAAUUCCAUGUGAUGAUAAUCUCAGCCCAGCAGCUGCCCAAACUGAACAAGGAGAAGAAAAACUCCAUUGUGGACCCACUGGUGAAGGUGGAGAUUUAUGGAGUGCCAGAUGACAAGGCAGAGAAAGAAACACAUCACAUUAACAACAACGGUUUCAACCCAAUGUGGAACGAGAGCUUUGAAUUCACUGUCUUUGUGCCGGAACUGGCUCUGGUUCGCUUCAUGGUGGAGGACUAUGACACUGCGUCCCACAAUGAUUUCAUCGGACAGUACACUUUACCCUUCACCAGCAUACAGAAUGGAUACAGGCACAUUCACCUGUGUAAUAAGAGGGGCCAUGUCAUCCCAUCAGCUUCUCUGUUUGUUCACAUUAUGAUCAUGGAUCUCCAAUAAGAUGCCUUCUCCAAUGUAGUUGGAGGUAGGUAACUGGUAUCGAGUCGACUCAUGGUGACCUUGGUUUUUAUGGUAUAGAAGGGUAAGAAAGUGGUUUGUCUUCUUCUGUUCAUGAUUUUGAAUUACAGACAUGGGGAGAACAUGCAAGCUCUGCACAUAAAAACCAAAACCCCAGUGCAGAACUCAGUGUUUGGCAUCAGCGUUGGCUGCUGCAACAGUGCAGCUCCUCUCUAGUACAUAUAUACUGUUAUAUAUCUAUUCAGAGGUGGAAGACUAAAUUAGUUUGGCAUUAUUAGAAGAAUCGGAAUUAGAAGAUCAGAACGAGCUUCAUUUCCAAGUAUGCUCACAGUUCAUAGUACUGUGAUUAUUAGUUUAUCAAUUACAAAUGAGGGGAUAAAAGAAGAAUUUGUGUGAUAUGCAUGGACAUUCAAAUAUGCCAGUUUAUGUUUUACAAAAGCAGCCUUUAUAUUUAUUCUGUUCAAGUUUGUAAACACUAUAUAUAAACAUCACGGGACCGAAGAUGGAUUGAUGGAUGGAUGGAUGGAUGGAUGGAUGGAUGGAUAUAUAAACAUAUUUUAAAAUGUUUUCACAGUAAUAUCUCUGAAUCUCUGUCCACAUUUACAAAGAGUCUUAAAAAUCAGCUCACUUGGUCCAUAAUCACUUUAGGUCAUGUAAUGUGUAAAUGUUUGUUUUAUAUGUUUAUAUGUAUCUCAGAAAAAA